ACACGCCUAUUUCACGUACAUAUAAGGCAAUGAUUGUAAAUAUGCAUGAGCAUCGCCAAGAUAUUUAGUCAAUCGCAACGAUCAAAUCUUCCAAAUCGUGGCCGCUGUUUUGCCGUUCUAGAAUGUCUGGUGAAUUCAAUCCUGUCUCUAGAGGACAUGAGUACAGCCACAAGUAUGAUGAGGUUGAUGCAAUUUGUCAAAAUAUCCGUAACCAGACCAGCUAUCAGCCUACGAUAGGGGUCAUCUGUGGCUCAGGGCUCUCAUCUUUAGGAGAUCUAGUCACUGAAAAGACCGUCAUACCAUAUGAGAAGAUUCCCCAGUUCCCUAGAAGCACAGUUCCUGGACAUCAGGGCCAGUUAGUGUUUGGUCGUCUCAAUGGCACCACUGUCGUCAUGAUGCAAGGGCGGACUCACCUGUACGAGGGUUACGACCCAGGCCAGAUCACUCUUCCAGUGCGUGUGAUGGUACAUCUUGGCAUAAAACACCUGGUGGUUACCAACGCUGCUGGUGGCUUACGCCAAGACUGGAAUGUUGGUGAUAUCAUGGUCAUAAAGGAUCACAUCAACUUGGCUGGCUUGACUGGACUUAGUCCAUUGCGUGGCUGUAAUGAUUCCAGGUUUGGAUUGAGGUUUCCUGCCCUGUCAGAUGCCUACAAUAAAGACUUACAGAAGCUGGCCCUAGAGACGGCAUCGGAGCUUGGAUUUGCUGAUUUUACUCGUAAUGGAGUAUAUUGUGCACAAGUUGGCCCUUGUUUUGAGACACCAGCGGAAUGCAGGUUUCUGCAAAAUGCUGGCGUGGAUGCAAUUGGCAUGAGCACGGUGCACGAGGUGUCUGUGGCUAGGCAUGCAGGCGUCACUGUACUGGGAAUAUCACUAAUUACCAACAUUGCAGUGCUUGGCUAUGGCGAUAACGAACAGCCAGCCAAUCAUGAGGAAGUACUGGAGACAGGCAGAAGACGAGCAAGUGAUAUGCAGAAAUUAGUGUCAACAAUUCUCCAAAAGCUUAACUAGCAAUGCGAUUUUAUUAGGAAAUUAUGAUUCUUGAAAAUGUUUGGGACAAAAGCAAUACUGUACACAGAAUAUUUUCUUUAAAAAUUGGUUAUGUAAUGUUAUUGGUUAUGUAAAAACCAUGCAGUAUUUAAUCUGACUCUAUUUGUGAAAUGGUGGUUUUUACAAAAUUAUGACUUUGCUCUGUUUUAAUGGUGGUCAUUUGGAUACUUCAUUGGGGUUGUUUUAUUUAGUAUUUUGUGGGGAGAGGGGGACCCUGUUGAAUGCAGUCAAAGCAUAAAACUGUUAGAAUUUUAAGCUUGGCAAGUCUGUAUACUCAUUUGGCUCACAAUGGAUAAUAUAGUAUAUGAGGUACCAAAGCCGCUUGUGAACUUAUUUAAAACCAGGGAUUUAUUUGAAAACACAGGUAGGUAUUAAUAAAACUCUCAGUGCCAUCAGUUUGACUUAUUAGUAAUUUCAACCCAUGUAGUCUUUUACAUUUUAAUAAAAAUGUAUAUUCUUGUGAGAA